UCAAGUUCUUCUGACCAUAACGAAAUUGCGGAGAGCCGUAGAAAGUAGCCUCAACAAUCAUCGGCGAGACAACAAGUUGCAGCAAACAACUCUUCCCUCAGCUCACACUCUCUGUGUCUAUAUAUGAACUCUGCAAACGCGCUAACCCAUAUCCACUCUCUCUCGCGCUUCCCGCUCCCACACCACCACCGCACCCAAUGCGUCGCCCCGCUCUCCACCUCCUCCUCCCUGCGCCCACGACGACGUCGUACUCACCGGCGGAAGAAUACCAAGCUCACCUCCACCACCACCACCACCACCACCCCCUCCCCUGACGGCAAGCUCCAAACCGUCAUCGACCUCAACGACCUCUCCGCCCAAACGUCGUCGUUACUACAUACCCUUCAGUACUCCUCGCAAUCCCAAAUCCACAAAAUUGUUUACUCUGCCAAAGACGCUUACGAAGACCUCCAAACCCUGAUCACCCUCGACGAUGACCGUCGAGUUAUCGUCUCGUGUCGCCGCUCCACGGUAUACUUCGUGGGUGGUCUGGUCGUUUGGAGCUUCGUUUUGGUCUUCGUUUUUAGGGUUUUGGGUAGAUUGGGGCUAGCGGUUCGUCGGGGCCUGUCGGGGUCUCGAAACGAGCCGGUUGUGGUGCGGAGGGACCGGAGUCUUGGGGGAAGAGAGGUUGUUGUUGGGAGGAGUGCCAAUGUGGAGAGGAAUAUUAGGGCUUCGAGCAAUCCGCUAUCGCCGGCUUCGGGCACAAAUGCAGGAGUGUCGGGGAGGAUUUGGAAGAGCCGGGUUCGGAGCCACGAGAAGAAGUUGCCGAAAUGGUGGCCGGUUUCGGUGUCGCAACCGGGUUUGGUGUUGAAUAAGGAGGAGUAUCAGAGGGAAGCCAACAGGUUGAUUCGAGUGAUCAUGGACAAUAGAACGAAUGGAAAGGACAUAAUGGAUGAUGAGAUUAUUCAGUUACGUCAAUUAUGCAGGACAUCUGGAGUAGGGGUCUCUAUUGACACAAAAAAUACUCGUGACUACUUCUAUCGUGCUUCCGUUGACUUGGUAUUAAAUGUUUGCAGCUGGUAUGUUGUUAGGGCACCAAGUCAUAUCACCUCUGUUGAGAUUGAUGGUGAAGUUGCUCCACAAUUUGUUGCUGGGCUUGCUGAAAACAUUGGGCUGGAAAAAAUUCAUGCUGCCAGAAUUGUGUCGGCAGCUGUUGCUGCACGUACACGUUCAUGCUUUUUACAGGCAUGGGCUUUGGAAAUGCAAGGAAAACAUGUGGAAGCAAAAUUGGAAUUGUCAAAGAUAUGCCUUAUUCAUCGGACAUUUCCUCCUGAGGAGUUCUCCCCUGAGAUGGAGAUGGUUGCUCGAGGCCUUGAGAAACACUUGAAAGUAGAACAGAGGGAAUUGCUGUUGAGUAUGUUUGCUGGUGUUUGCAGUGAAGAGAGUCAUAGAAGUGCAACAGAAGCUCUGGGUUUGAUGCCCUCUCCAGAAGGUGUUGGCGAUUUACAGUAAAACGACUAGAAGUGAAAAGAACGUUGUAGCAACAAGUUGAACUAUAAAUUCUUUUCAAUUAGUCUUACAUGGUUAUAUUGUAUAUCUGGACAGUUUAUAUCGCAUAAUUUUCUCCAAAAUAAGUAAAUAAACAUUGUCCUCGUAUUUACUCCA